GCCACGGACUUCAGCUUGGCCUGGAGAACUGGAGUUGGCGCUUAUUGGUGUGACGGAUCGUCAUGCCGCAGAAGCGCUUGUGGAAGCCUCUUCUGCAGUGUAAACCUCGAAAUAACAUGUUGUCGCUCAUAGACUGACCAUUGAGAUUGUGUAAAAGAAUUGGACGUCUUACGAGGAUCGCCCGGGAGACCGUACCUGCCCUGGAGGCAUUCGUGCAUCGCGGGGUCAUCAUGACUUGCACCUGCCCUGGCAAAUUGCCCGGUUAAAGCCAUCGUUCCUUCCAUGUCAAAAAGGUCGGGUCGUCAAUGGGAAACAUGCCUUUCUAUCCAUUCUCUGUAUUCUUCAAUCUCACUCUUUCAUAAAUCCCUGGAAUCGAUUUCCCUCACAACGUGUACAAUCAUAGCUUCAACGAGACCCUUUCGUCAUGGCUCCCCGCACUAUUACCCCAGUCGACAAGAACUGGCAAUUCAAGCAGGAGAAAGAAGACGACGCCUCUUAUUUACCAGUCGCGCAAUUUCCAACAAACGUUCAUCUUGACCUCUUACACCACAAGAAGAUUCCUGACCCUAAUAUUGGAAAGAGCGAGCUCAAAGUUCAAUGGAUCGGGGAGACUGUCUGGGUGUACAAGACGACCUUUGCUAGCCCGGAGAUUCAUGAUGGUUCAAAGGCGAUUCUGGCCUUUGACGGUCUUGAUACCUUUGCCACGGUUGAGUUGAAUGGCGAAAAGAUUCUUGAGACCGAGAAUAUGUUUGUUCCCGAACGAGUGGACAUCACCAAAAAUCUCAAAAAGGAUGGCGAGAAUGACCUCCGCAUCACAUUUGAUGCAGCGUAUUUGAGAGGAUGGAAGUUGGUGGAAGAGCAUCCUGACCACAAGUAUGUUGUCUGGAAUGGAGAUGGCUCAAGACUGCCUGUCAGAAAGGCGCAGUAUCACUGGGGCUGGGAUUGGGGUCCUGCUUUACUUACAUGUGGUCCUUGGAGACCCAUCAACCUCGAAGUUUAUGAGUCUCAUAUCGUAGAUCUCUAUACUGAGUCAGAAGUUGAGAAGUCUCUCAAGAAGGCAGAUGUUGUUGUUCAUGCGGCUGUUGAAGGUAAAGCCCCAAGAGUCCGCUUCGAAGUCUCUUUAGAUGGAAAGAAGGUUGCAUCUGAAACCGCACAUGUAAGAGACAAAGACGCAAGCACCACGUUCCACAUCCAAGAUCCGGCUCUCUGGUAUCCUGUCAGAUAUGGAAAGCAACCCCUGUAUACCAUCAAGGCCACCCUUCUCGAGGACGAUAGCGAGAUAGAUACAAUCUCCAAGAAGAUUGGCCUUCGCAAACUUGAACUUGUUGAACGAGAGCUUGAUGGUCAACCAGGUACCAGCUUCUUUUUUCAAGUCAACAACAUCCCUAUCUUCUGCGGUGGAAGCAACUGGAUUCCAGCAGAUAGUUUCAUUCCUCGCAUUACAAAAGAGAGAUACCGAGACUGGGUCAAACUCGUCGCUGAUGGCAAUCAGUUUAUGCUCCGAGUUUGGGGAGGUGGUAUCUAUGAAGAGGAUGUUUUCUAUGAUGCCUGUGAUGAAUUCGGCAUCCUUGUUUGGCAGGACUUCAUGUUCGCUUGUGGUAACUACCCUGCCUGGCCUGACCUACUCAAAUCUAUUGACCGAGAAGCCCGAGCCAAUAUCAAAAGACUUCGCCACCAUCCAUCAAUUGUUCUCUGGGCUGGCAAUAACGAGGACUACCAACUGCGUGAGUCCGAGAAUCUCACAUAUGACUUCGACGAUCAUGACCCAGAGAGCUGGUUAAAGACCGACUUCCCUGCUCGAUACAUCUACGAAAAGCUACUUCCAGACGCUUGCAAAGAUCUCCAUCCAAAUGCCGUCUAUCACAUUGCAAGCCCUUGGGGUGGCAAGGUAACCACUGACCCAACUAUUGGAGAUAUCCAUCAAUGGAAUGUUUGGCACGGCUCUCAACAAAAGUACCAAGACUACGACAAGCUCGUUGGGAGAUUCGUUUCCGAGUUUGGUAUGGAAGGCUUCCCAGAUAUUAAGACCAUCGAUGCUUUCCUUCCACAAGGCAAGGACGACCCUGAGCGAUUCUCUACGUCAUCUACGAUUGACUUUCAUAACAAGGCAGAUGGACAGCUGCGUCGAUUGGGUCUGUACAUUGCAGAAAAUUUCCGCUUCACGCUGGAACCCUUGGAAGACUACGUCUACUACAGCCAACUGCUACAAGCCGAGGCCUUAGCCUCAGCCUAUCGGCUCUGGAAGCGACAGUGGCAGGGUCCGAAAAAGGAGUAUUGCAGUGGUGUCUUGGUUUGGCAGACUAACGACUGUUGGCCCGUUACUUCAUGGGCUAUCUGUGACUACUACCUUCGACCCAAGCAUUCCUACUUCACUAUCAAGCGGGAGAUGGCGCCUAUCACUAUUGGCAUGACAAGAAGAGAGCACAAGCACCCCAAGAACAAAUACACAAGGGUUGAUAUCGAGACUAAGGUCAAGGUUGAGAUUUGGGGAAGUAAUCUCAAAUUAGAAGACGUUACUGUAGACUGUGUUGUCAAGGCCUGGGAUGUUGAGACCGGAAAGGAGACAUACUCACAAACAGUUGUUUCUGGCCUAGUUCUCCAGAGUAACCGCUCAACAGAAAUCAAGACCCUGGAUGUCCCUGUUGAGAAGCCCAACGUUGACCUUGAGGCAAAGACUGUUGUUGCAGCUUACUUCUACCAGGAUGGCAAACAGAUUGCACGAUAUGUCAACUGGCCGGAGCCACUGAAGUACUUGCACUUCCAAAAACCCAAGAAUCUCAAGACUGAAGUUUCUGAAGGAUGCAAGUCCGUUGAGAUCAGCGCCGAGGUGCCUAUCAAGGGACUAGCGGUCUUGAGCGAAGACGAUGGGGUCAAGUUUGAAGACAAUCUAAUCGAUAUCGUCCCGGGCGAGGUCGUCAAGAUUGGCGUUACGGGUGCCAAGAAGGGUACCGUACUCAAGACACAAUACUUGGGGAUGCAGGUCCACGAUUGAGAGACAUAGUGUGUUUGAUGUUACUGAGAUAUGGAGUGGUGAAUUGAUAGGAAUUGUGACACUCGACCUUCGGGCGAUAUUUCUGCCUGGAUCUUCAAGUGUCAGCUUUACGAACAGCAAGUUUCGAUUGGCUUAAGCUAUGAAGAUCUUAUAACCCGCAAGCCACGAGCCAGUCAACAGCUGCCAUCCACACAAAACGUCUAACUUGUGGUUGCCACACAAUCAUGACGGCUAUGGUAGCUUUAUCAGGAAACUUAAUCACCCCCGCUUCCCCGGAUAUUUGAUAAGCCAAUGGUCGUAGAUGCUUUCGUGAUUAUGUUCUUGAUGUGGAAACAAUUGCCUUUGCAGUCCUGUGCGACACGUAAGAUAAUAAAAGAAGCCAGAUGCUGGUGUAAGUUAUAAAGUGAGAGGAUGGCAGUAUGAAGGGGC